AUGUCAGGUGGUAAAGGUAAAGCCGGUUCUUCGGAAAAAGCAUCAACUUCUAGAUCAGCUAAGGCUGGUUUGACUUUCCCAGUCGGUAGAGUCCAUAGAUUAUUAAGAAAGGGUAACUACGCACAAAGAGUUGGUUCUGGUGCUCCAGUUUACUUGACCUCAGUUUUGGAAUAUUUAGCUGCCGAAAUCUUGGAAUUGGCCGGUAACGCUGCUAGAGAUAACAAGAAGUCGAGAAUUAUCCCAAGACACUUGCAAUUAGCCAUCAGAAAUGAUGAAGAAUUGAACAAGUUAUUAGGACACGUUACCAUUGCCCAAGGUGGUGUCUUGCCAAACAUUCACCAAUCCUUGUUGCCAGCUAAGAAGGCCAAGGCAGGUAAUGCUUCUCAAGAAUUAUAA